AAGCCUGCCCCGUUCCCCGUGCUCAGCGCCACUUGCAUGCGGAGGACAGCGGUUUCCCAGCAGUGUCUCCGGACCGGGGCUCCAGGCUGCGCCCGCCGCCAGACAUGCCGCUUCACGGGCAGAGCGAGAGCGCACCCAGAGCGCAGAGGUGACGGGAGAGAGGCAGGACAACCGCGCACACUCUCCGAGGAGCAUCGAUGUUCCCACCUUUUGGCGAGUCCUGAAGCGCCAGUUUCUGGAUAUGAAAGUUGAUGGAAGAGAAGGCAUGUCAGCGCUAAGGAGGAAAUUCGGAGAAGACUACCAAGUUGUGAACACCUCCAGAGGCACGACGUACACCGCCCCGGCCAAGAAGAAGCGCCAGAGGUUUGUGGAGAAGAACGGGCGGUGCAAUGUCCAGCACGGGAACCUCGGCGGGGAGACCAGCAGAUACCUCUCGGACCUCUUCACCACCCUGGUUGACCUCAAAUGGAGGUGGAACCUUCUCAUUUUCAUCCUCACCUACACCAUAGCCUGGCUGGUCAUGGCCUCCAUGUGGUGGAUCAUCGCCUACAUCCGAGGGGAUCUCAACCAGGGCCACGACGCCACUUACACGCCCUGCGUGGCCAAUGUUUACAACUUCCCCUCGGCUUUCCUGUUCUUCAUCGAGACCGAGGCCACCAUAGGCUACGGCUACCGCUACAUCACGGAGAAAUGCCCCGAGGGCAUCAUCCUCUUUCUGUUCCAGUCCCUACUGGGCUCCAUCGUGGACGCCUUUCUCAUCGGCUGCAUGUUCAUCAAGAUGUCUCAGCCCAAGAAACGCGCCGAGACUCUCAUGUUCAGUCAGGACGCUGUGAUUUCGCAGCGCGACGGCAAACUGUGCCUCAUGUUCCGGGUGGGCAACCUGAGGAACAGCCAUAUGGUGUCCGCUCAGAUCCGAUGCAAACUUAUAAAGUCGAGGCAGACACCGGAGGGCGAGUUCCUCCCCCUGGACCAGUGCGAGCUGGAUGUGGGCUUCGGGACAGGAGCGGACCAGUUGUUUCUCGUCUCGCCUCUCACGAUCUGCCACGAGAUCAAUCCCAAGAGCCCAUUCUUUGAUCUCUCCCAGAGGUCUCUGAUGAGCGAGCAGUUUGAGAUCGUCGUUAUCCUGGAAGGCAUUGUGGAAACAACAGGAAUGACAUGCCAGGCCAGGACUUCAUACACUGAGGACGAAGUGUUGUGGGGCCACCGCUUCCUGCCGGUCAUGUCUCUGGAGGAGGGCUUUUUCCGAGUGGAUUACUCCCAGUUCCAUGCCACGUUCGAGGUGCCCACCCCUCCCUACAGCGUCAAGGAGUACGAGGAGAAGAUGUCUCUCCCCUCUCCGGUGCCCACCCCCCCGCUGGGCGACAUCAGGGGCCGCAGGGAGCGGGUCUUCUCAGUGGACUGCAUCGACACCAUCGAGGAGCGGGCCGGCAGGCUGCCGAGCAAGCUGCAGAGGAUGAGCUCGGGCAAGGACGAGCUGCAGAGGAGAGUGCUGCGCAUGAGCUCCCACAACUCGGAGAAGGCCUGCAGCACGGGCGACCUCCCGCUCAAGCUGCAGCGCAUCAGCUCCGUGCCCAACCACGGGGAGGGCGAGGAGAGACUCCAGCUCAAGGCCCUGAAGGUCAGCGCCGAGCCUAUGACGCAGUCCACCGGCGACCUGCAGCAGAAGAUCCCCAUCGCCCCCAGCCCGGGGCCCCGGCCCGAGAACAACCUGCCCGCCAAGCUCCGCAAGAUGAACUCGGACCGCCUGACUUAGCGACCCCCCCACCCCCGCAAAAAUAUGAACACGGAAGCAGGGAAGUGAAAGUGGGGACUGAGAAGAUUGAGCCCCUCUGUGCCAGCCCUCUGACGACACAUCCUUCUUUCAUUCUUGUGUGCAUGUUGGAGACGCAAGAUUUUUUGUCCGGAGGAAACCCUGUAGCCAAAUUAUACCGACUUCACUUCAAUAAAGUCGGAAUAAACUGCAUAAUUACAUAAUUGUGACUUGCCUCCAUUUGCUGUGAUCUAAGCUGCUGUAGUAUGAACGUUUGACUCUAUGGAUGAAACGAUCCCGCCAACUCGGAGAUGCACAAACAGUUUGCUGGUACUGCUAUUUGGUUCAUUUCCAGUUUGCUUGAUGAUGUCCGCUCUUGAGUCAGUGUACUCGAGCUCAGGAGGUGUAAUGGAUGUCUGAAAAGAAAGCCCCAAAGUUAAAUGCACAGUGGUUGUGGAUUAAAAUAAUAAAGUAAUAACCAGGGAAAGUGCAUUGGGAGAGAAACUUUUUAACUUCUCUUCACAGUAUGUAAUUUGGCAGUUUAUGCAGUAAUUAUGUGUUAGAAGAAAGCUUUUAAGUGACAGGCUGUAGAGGCGCUUGAUUUUAAAUCACUUAUUCUGUGACCUGUUGCCAUGACUGACGUUAGCUCUAUGGCAGCCGGCAUUGCAUGUUAACAAAUAAGUCUGAUUUCAUUUCACUUAAUGGCCUUCUAAACAAACGUCCUGGAAAAGGUUGAACCCUAAUCUCCCCCAUUUCCGCUGUCCAGUGGAAAAAUAAAUGUCCUGAUAAAAAGCUCCCCUCCAGAACACCACUUACCCAUCCCUCUACUCACUCCUUCCCCCACCCAGCCAUCACCCUUGCAGCUGCUCCCUGGCUCAUUCCAAGGGGGGGGUGUUCCAUCUGCCAUGGCCCUUCGAAGGGUCAAGGUUGUCUUGUAAGCAUGUGAAGGAUUUCUGAUUUCAGCUUCAAGGGAAGAACAGACACUGGUACCUGACCAGUGUUGGUACAUCGAUUUUGACCACGGGGUGUCACAUUCAUGCAAUGGUUUACAAAGACAGCAGCAAUAAAUAAAUUGGAGGUGCUGUGACGUCUCAUUAAUUCUUUCCACACUUUAUCUCUGUUAUAAAUGUGCAGCUCCAGUUUGCCUGGGGCAGCCAUGAGUCAAGAAAUAUCAAACAUCUCAAAACAUCUGAACUGAGGUCUGUUUGGAGGCAGUCCUGAAUGUAUCCACAGGAACUGAAACAGCAUAAGAGUGGAAAGCCUUUUUCUUAUAUGUGAUGGGUAAGCAUGAAAAACAUGUUCAGCAUUGUAUUUGCACCUGUGGCCCUCCAGUUUCAUUAGGAUUACUGUCAGGUCCAAGAACACUACAUUUAUUUUGUAAAAGCUUUAAGACAGGACAAGGUCAAGCUUUUGCCUUCAUUACAAAAUCACUAAAAAUGAACAACUUAAAACAUGGCUUGCUAUGUAUAAUAUCAUCAAACUAAUUUAUUUGCCUGAUGCUGUUUUCAAUAAAUAUUUGUAUUGAAUGACAUA